AUGACGGCUUUUCGCAUGCGAUUGAAGGGAAAAAAGUCGACGACGAAAACCAGCGAGAUCGUGGUUGAAAACGAGAGAGGGUUGGACUUCGCAGGCGGUCGGUCGAGAUGGGUCUGGUCCAUGGACUGCCGGUGUGGGAUGCGGACAUCGAAUGUCGUCGGAGCAGCCGACCGCAAAAGUCUUGGGCCGUGGUGGUGCUGCCGUGCCUCCUUUGCCGGCCGUUGCCGCUGCUCCUCCUUGCCCGGUCUCGGCGACCUGGUAGACGAGCCGAUUCUGCAGAGUCCUGGUCAAUUAACGAGAGGAACACCACACAACCGAUUCAUCCACACUCCUCCCCCAUCCCCGCCGGGCCGGCGCCCAAACCCAACAUGGCUGCUCCAUCCACAUUUUCCAGAAUCCAACAUUGCGGCACUAGCCCUUGGGUUGGGACCCAAACAGCAAUUGUCCGCCGUGGACGGGGUACCUCUGACUGCACCUCAUGUUCGCAGCGUCCCCAUGUCACCGCCGCGGCUCUCCACCGAGUAA